AUGAUAUUCGGACCCGACUUCCCAUUCAGAAAAGAAAUCAGACAACUACUCAAGGCAGGUUUCGAAUGUACGGAUCUCGGUAACUCGAAGUUCAUACUGGGAAUAGAAAUAACGGUAACCAACAACAGUAUCACACUAUCACAACGGGCAUACAUCAAUAAGUUCCUGGACAAAUUUGGAAUGAGUAACUGCAAACCAGUUGAGACAUCACUCGAGCCGAACCUCAACCUUCACAAAGGUGAACCGGAAGACCAAAUUGAGAAGCCAACUGAGUACCAAUUCAUAAUGGGGUCACUGAUGUACGCAAGCAUAGCUACAAGACCUGAUAUCACCUAUGCCGUUACCGCUCUCUCUCAGUACUCCUCAUGCCCAACUGAGGACCAACUACGAGCAGCCAAGCGCACUCUCCGAUACCUCAACGGAACCAAAGACUGGAACCUGUUCUACCCGAAGGGGAAUACUAGAACACUCGAUGGAUUCUCAGACAGUUCCUACGCUUCAGACCUAGAUGACAGGAAAUCGUUCUCAGGAUACGUGUUCAGACUAGGGAAGUCAGCCAUCAGCUGGAGAAGCCGGAAGCAGAAAUCAGUCGCAGUCUCAACAACAGAAGCCGAAUACAUGGCCCUGUCCCUCGCAGCUCGACAACUGGUAUGGAUUUGUAAUGCCUUGCACGAACUCCAACAACAAUACCGGUACUUCAUACACGCCGAUAAUACAAGUUCUAUUGAACUCUGUCCGAAUCCACUUAUCUACGACCGGUCCAAGCACAUCGAUGUUCACUACCACUACACACGUGAACAACUCGAGGCCGGAACCUUCGAAAUCCUCUACGUCCAUACCGAAGACAAUGUCGUGGACAUAAUGACCAAAGGAUUACCAAAACCACCUCACCAAAAAUUGUCAAAAUUGAUACGAUGUGGCAAGUGA